AUGAAGCUCGUCUUCAAACGCCAUUGCAGCUCUCUCACAUCCUUAAAUCUACAGAGCACCAAAAACCCAUCACCCAAACAAUCCCAAAUCCUCCGACUCUGCAAGCUGGGCUUACUCUCCGAUGCGAUUCGGGUCCUGAACUCCAUUGAUUCCGGCGAAAUCACCAUUAAACCAAUCCUAUACGCUUCGCUCUUACAAACUUGCACCAACGCUGUUUCAUUCAACCAUGGCCUCCAAAUCCAUGCGCAUGUCGUUAAGUCUGGCCUCGAAACCGACAGAUUCGUUGGGAACAGCUUGCUUUCUCUGUAUUUCAAGUUGGUUCCCAAUAUGUCCGAGACUCGGAGAGUGUUUGAUGGUCUUUUUGUUAAGGAUGUGAUAUCAUGGACUUCGAUGAUAACUGGAUACGUUAGGGCUGGAAAGCCUGGAAAUUCAAUUGAAGUGUUUUAUGAUAUGUUGAAGUUUGGGAUUGAGCCAAACGCGUUCACUUUGUCUGCCGUGGUUAAAGCUUGUUCGGAGAUUGGGGACUUGAUGCUGGGCCUGUGCUUUCAUGGAGUGGUGGUGAGACGUGGGUUUGUUUCUAAUCAUGUUAUAAUUAGUGCUUUGAUUAAUAUGUAUGGGAGGAAUUAUAGAUCGGAAGAUGCGCGCCGGCUGUUCAAUGAAUUGACUGAACCAGGUGCUAUAUGCUGGACGUCGGUUAUUUCUGCGUUCACAAGGAGCGAUUUGUUUGAGGAAGCAUUGGGGUUCUUUUAUUUGAUGCAUAGAUAUCAUGGGUUGUCUCCCGAUGGUUUUACGUUUGGGACGGUAUUGGCUGCUUGUGGCAACUUGGGGAGGCUGAGGCAAGGUAGAGAAAUGCAUGCUAAGGUAAUUACAUAUGGACUUUGUGGAAAUGUGGUUGUUGAGAGUAGCUUGGUUGACAUGUAUGGAAAAUGUGGGUCGGUAGAGUAUGCUCGACGUGUCUUUGAUAGGAUUCCCAAGAAGAACUCAGUUUCUUGGUCUGCGUUGCUAGGAGUGUAUUGUCAAACUGGAGACUUUGAAUCUGUCAUUAAGCAUUUCAGGGAAAUGGAAGAGGCUGACCUAUACAGUUUUGGAACUGUUCUUCGCGCAUGUGCAGGUUUGGCAGCUGUACAACAAGGGAAAGAAGUGCACUGCCAGUAUGUGAGAAGGUGUGGUUGGAGAGAUGUUAUUGUAGAAUCAGCUUUAGUUAAUCUUUAUGCAAAAUGUGGUUGCAUAGAUUUUGCCCGUAGAGUUUUCACGCAGAUGCCAGUUAGGAAUUUGAUAACAUGGAACUCAAUGAUUUGUGGGUUUGCUCAGAAUGGUGGAGGUGCAGAAGCUCUUAGAAUAUUUGAUAGGAUGAUUAAGGAGGGGGUUAAGCCCGACUAUAUCAGCUUUAUUGGGGUUCUUUUGCUUGUAGUCAUGCAGGAGUACGGGAUUAAACCUGGGAUUGAACAUUAUUGUUGCACGGUUGAUCUUCUAGGCCGUGCUGGGCUACUUGAAGAAGCUGAGAAUUUAAUAGAGAAUGCAGAUUGUAGGAAUGAUUCUUCCCUUUGGGCAGUUCUUCUAGGUGCUAGCACAAGCUGUUCGAACUCCACUACUGCAGAGCGCAUAGCCAAGAAAAUGAUUGAACUACAACCUGACUACCAUUUGAGUUAUGUUCUUCUAGCUAAUGUGUAUAGAUCAGUAGGCCGAUGGGAUGAUGCCUUGGAGAUUGGGAGGAUAAUGCAAGAUAGAGGGGUUAAGAAGACGCCGGGUAAGAGCUGGAUUGAAUCCAACAGUAAAUUGGGUUCUUUUCUUCCUGCGGGUGAUGUGGAAAUUCCUAGAAGAAUAAAUUUUCCUGUUGUUAUGGAUAUUGUCUAA